UACCGAGCCAGGUUCUAAGCUUUAGCCGAAACAAAACAGUACAGCCAAAAAUGUCCUCCGGAAGCGUGCUUCUAGUAACAGUGCUGCUGAUAGGAUACAUCUAUUGGAGCCUUGCGCAACCAACCAACAUAUUUGAAAUCCGUUGCAAGCUAAAGAAGCCGGUUAAGAACCCACAUAGCGUGUGUACCCACGGAGUUUUCAUAGAUCCGUGUGGCAUGGAGGAAUGCAUACGUGGCCCAGGAGAACUGUGCGGGACCACGAAGUAUGACAUAGUGCUAUACGGCCAGUGCGACCACGAUCUGCUGUGCUGCAACAGCCGCUGCAGAGGCUGCACCGCCCAAGGAGUCUGCUUCGACGAGCCGUGUCAUCCGCCGAAACAGCACGGCAUACAGCACCGCUCCGACCCCUACAUGCCGCGGCGACACCCGAACCCACUUUUCGAGUUGUUCGACUAUUACGGUGGCGAGUAA